UUCCCUUCUCCCAAAAAAAAAAAAAAAAAGAAAAGAAAGAAAAAAAAAAGAAAACGCUUCUUAGUCUUUCAGUUCUACAAACAAAAAACGCUUUUCUCAAAAGCAGAAGGAGAAGGAGAAGAUAAUACAAUUGCAAAUCCAUACACAUUCGCAUUAACAAACAAUCUUUGAACCAACUUCCAUGGACUCUCACUCUCAGAUCUUGCUCCAACCCUAGCCGCUUUCCAGGAUUGUGGUGGAUGAAUUUCAAUUUCCAGAGGUUUUGUUGUAAGGAUAAGGAGUGGGAACUUGCUGUGGUGUUGGUGAGGGAUAUGGCGGAUUAAGGUAGAGAGCGGUGAGGAGAGGAGAGGAGAGGAGAGGAGAGGGGAGAUGGAUGAUAGAGGUGGUGGAUCGUUUGUUGCUGUGAGGAGGAUUUCUCAAGGUCUGGAGCGAGGAAAUACUUGCCAUUCAACUUCAGAAGUUUAGAUCUGUGACUUCAACUUGAGUAAUGUGCGCUAAGCUCUGCUUAUACUGAGGCUCUUACUGGCUUCAUGCUUGCUGAGAUUCAAAUCUGUCUUGCUGAGGUUGUGGCAGGAUCAGCUGCAUGGCUUGGCCGGGGUCUUUCUUGUGUUUGUGCACAGAGAAGAGAAAGUGAUGCACGCCCAUCGUUUGACUUAACCCCUGCACAGGAAGAAUGCUUGCUGAGACUGCAGAACCGCAUAGAUAUUGCCUAUGAUAGUUCAAUCCUUGAGCACCAGGAGGCUCUAAGGACUCUAUGGAAUGUGGCCUUCCCAGAGGAAGAACUUCGUGGUCUGAUAUCUGAACAGUGGAAGGAAAUGGGUUGGCAAGGAAAGGAUCCAUCAACAGAUUUUAGGGGUGGUGGUUUUAUUUCACUGGAGAAUUUGUUGUACUUUGCCAGAAAUUUCCCGAAGUCAUUCCAGGAUCUCCUUCGAAAGCAGGAAGGAGAUCGGUCUCUAUGGGAAUACCCAUUUGCUGUAGCCGGGGUGAACAUUACAUUCAUGCUUAUUCAAAUGCUUGAUCUUGAAGCAGUCAAGCCACGGACACUUGUCGGAGCAACUUUCUUGAAGUUUCUCGCGGAAAACGAUUCAGCAUUUGACCUACUCUAUUGUAUCACGUUCAAAUUAAUGGAUCAUGAAUGGCUUGCCAUGCAUGCAUCGUAUAUGGACUUUAAUACGGUAAUGAAAGCGACACGACGACAGCUGGAAAAAGAGCUUCUAAUCGAGGACAUUUCAAGACUAGAAGAACUGCCCUCAUACAGCCUUCUCAAUCGAUAGUUCGUCUACAAUCAAACAUCUCAUUUUCUAAAGGAAAUAGCUCGUGAGAAAAAGAAAGCAAGUUACGGUAUCGCCCUCCCAUAGCUUUUAAAUAGUUAGUGUUUUUUUUUGUACAUGAUUAUUCUCUGGUCUCUUCCCCAUUUUCAUUUUCCAAGUGGCUUGCUCUUUUGUUCCUUUGGCUAGUAGUAUAUCCACCCAUUCUCACUUCAAUUCUUCCAAGAGAAGCCCUGUCUUCAUUCCUUCCACUUUUUUUUCUUCUUUAUUGUGGGUUUCUUUUUUCUUUUUUUCUUUUUUCUUUUUUUUUUUCCCACUUUGUUUCUUCUCGGAAUUUGAGGUUGAGACUUGUUUGCAAUUAAGUUUGAUGGAUGAGCUUUUAAUUUCUCGCUCUGCAUACAAGACCUCCUCUGAUGAUUUGUGAAUGUGAAACAUCAUAAUGAUUUUUUGUUUGUUU